UAAAAAAUAAAAAAAAUAUUAUUUUAAAAUAUUUUUCAACAAAAAUAAUCUUAAAAACAACUCCUACCAUACUACUUCGAGAAUCAAUUGCAGAGAUACUGAGCCACAAAUAAUAGAAGAAACAUCUUCUCCUAACCCAGCAGAGAAAGAGAAGGUCUCAGCUUUUCUUUUUUACUCAUUCUUUUGGAAUUGAGAGAACCUAUUAAAAGCAUCCCUUUAAUGGGCUUUCUGCCUUUUGUGCGUCUUCAAUGAACUUUCUUUCUGUAGAGAGGAGAGAGUGAGAGAAAGAGGGUAUCUUGCAUUUUUGGUUUAGGUGGGGAGUGAGAGAGGGAGGCAAAAUGUACUCAAAACGGAUUUUGAAAAAGAAAUGCUUUAAGGUGAAUUGAUUCACGGGAUGGUCAGUGGGCAUAUUUACUUCACGUUGCUCCAGAAAUUUAUAGAGAGAUGUAUACUUUCUACUGAAAGGAAGAGUCUUGGCUACUUGUAUCAUUUCUCCAUCUGUUUUGUCACUUCAAGUUGGUCCGUGAAAGAAAUAGAUAAGAGUUGACCAUGGGCAGAGCUACAAGGUGGCUAAAGGGCUUAUUGGGCAUGAAAAAAGACAGAGAUAAAGAAAGAGACGAUGUUGCCACACCAAUUUCAAGUGACAAGAAAGAGAAGAAAAGGUGGAGCUUUUCCAAAUCAGGGAAGGACGACGCUCCAGCGACUCUUUCAGGGAACAUGAAAGAUGCUGCCUGGCUCAGUUCCUACCUUUCUGAGACGGAAAGAGAGCAGAACAAGCAUGCAAUUGCGGUGGCAGCAGCCACAGCUGCAGCAGCUGAUGCUGCAGUGGCUGCAGCUCAGGCAGCGGUUGCCGUCGUGAGGCUCACCAGUCAUGGCAGAGGCACAAUGUUGGGUGGAGGGAAGGAGAAAUGGGCUGCAGUAAAAAUUCAAACUGUCUUUAGAGGCUACUUGGCCCGAAAAGCUCUUCGCGCAUUGAAAGGGCUGGUUAAGCUACAAGCUGUUGUUAGGGGCUAUUUAGUCCGAAAACGGGCUGCUGCAACUCUUCAUGGUAUGCAAGCUCUCAUAAGAGCUCAAAAUUCUGUUCUAUCUCAACAUGCUCGUCGUUGGUUGAACAAAGAGAAUAGAUUUUCUGAACACAGGCCACGAAAAUCCUUGGAGAGGUUUGAUGAUAUGAGAAGUGAAUUUCACAGCAAGAGGCUUUCCACAUCUUAUGACACGACUGUAUUUGAUGAAAGCCCUAAGAUAGUUGAAAUUGAUACCUUCAAGCCAAGAUCAAGAUCUCGUAGGAUUAAUAUUGCACUAUCAGAAUGUGGUGAAGAACUUCCCUACCAGGCUAUCUCGUCACCUCUUCCUUGUCCUACACCAGCUAGAAUCUCCAUCCCUGAGUGCAAAAAUGAUCAAGAUCUUGAGUGGUACUUCACUGGCGAGGAAUGUAGGUUCUCCACUGCACACAGUACUCCAAGAUUUGCAAACUCUGCCAGGUGCAAUGCCCCUGCCACACCGGCAAGGAGCAUUUGCGGAGAUGCCUACUUUAAGCCUUAUUCGAACUUCCAUAAUUACAUGGCAAACACGCAAUCCUUCAAGGCCAAAUUGAGGUCUCAUAGUGCGCCAAAACAAAGGCCGGAUCCAGGAUCAAAGAAGAGGCUUUCACUCAAUGAAAUAAUGGCUUCCAGAAAUAGCAUAAGCGGCGUCAGAAUGCAGCGGCCAUGCACCAAAGUUGAUGAAGAUUUGGUCAUCGAGGAAUUGGUUAGUGAAGAGGGGCGUUCUAAUCCGAAGUGAUAUUUAAAAAGGCUCGACUGAAGAAUGUGGAAGUUGAAGUACCAAGACUUCUUUCUUCUCGAAGCUUUUCACUUCAGCUAAAUGCUGACAAGCAAUAGCGAGCAUAGAACAAAGAAUGCUUUGUGUAAAUUCUUUACAACAGUUAUGGGUGAUCAUGUUGCCUAAUCAAUGAAAUGAGAAUUUUUUUUUUUUU